AGUCUCCGCCCCGGGGUGGGGGGGGCCGGGUCCCGGUGUCCGGUCCCGCUGUCGGCAGCCGGGGCAGGGGGGGGACCAUGGCCAAGGCGUACGAUCACCUCUUCAAGCUGCUGCUGAUCGGGGACAGCGGAGUGGGCAAGACGUGCCUCAUCAUCCGCCUGGCCGAGGACAGCUUCAGCAGCACCUACAUCUCCACCAUCGGGAUCGACUUCAAAAUCCGGAUGGUGGACAUCGAUGGGAAGAAGAUCAAGCUGCAGGUCUGGGACACAGCGGGACAAGAGCGCUUCAAAACCAUCACCACAGCCUAUUUCAGGGGAGCUGUGGGCAUCAUCCUGGUGUACGACAUCACCGACGAGAAAUCCUUUGAGAACAUCCAAAACUGGAUGAAAAGCAUUAAGGAGAACGCAUCUGCCGGGGUUGAGCGUCUCCUCAUCGGCAACAAGUGUGACAUGGAGGAGAAGCGCAAAGUGCAGCGGGAUGCGGCUGAGAAGCUGGCGAAGGAACACGGGAUCCGCUUCUUUGAGACCAGCGCCAAGUCCAGUGUGAACGUGGAGGAGGCCUUCAGCACGCUGGCACGGGAUAUCCUGCAGAAAUCCUAUCGGAAAGCAGCCCCCAGCAGCGGCCAGCCCCUGUUGGAGCCCGGCCCCCCAAGGAAGACGGGGGGUAAAUGCUCCCUGGUGUAGUGCCACCGGGACAGCGCGUCUCUGGGGGGGGGAGACACCCGGUUCCAAGGAGGGGAGAAGGGGGGAUAUGGGGCUAACCCCCCCCUCCCCGGUCCGCACCUCGUGCCAUAAAGCCCAGCUUGUGCCUUG